AUGGAGAGUAUGAAGCUGAUUCUCUUAUAAUAUAAUUAAGAGUAGCAUAAACUAGAAUCUACACUUUAAGAAUUGGCCAAGGAUGUAGUUAAUAUUUUAUAAGAAGUUUAGCUGAAGUGGAAAUCGUAAAUAUCAUAUUGCUAUGAUAGAGAGGAUAUUGAUGAGAAUGUAAUUGCCUUAUUAAUAGAUACAUCAUUAACUCCAUAUAUAUACAAGCAUUUAAUUUAGAAUCUAAUAUAAAUAAUAUAGCAUAGGUAAAUUCUUUUUUCAAUUUAAUUCCUAUAAGAAAAUCUAGAGUUUAAGAUUAAUUUUUAUUAUCCUUAAAAUGAAAAAUAAAUAUAAUAUUCAGUAAAAUUAAACUGA